UCGGUCUUCCGCCAUUAUUGUUGACAUUUGGACCAGCAAGUUUUCCGUCCGUAUGCCAAAAUAAAAGUUGUUGUCAUUUAAAAAAAUCAACGAACAGAUACUGAGAUGUUUGGAAAACAUGUAAUUUCGUUUGAAAAUGUCUGGAUCGUCUGUGGAUAGCUUGCAGGGUCAGAUACUCUAUAGCAGUGAUGACGAGACUGAUGACCCUGUAGAGUCUUUCUUUGUUGCCUGUCAGCAGACUUCACACUUCAGUAUUAAACCUGGCAAAAAGCUUGCAAACAAAGGACGCUGGUUAAAAGAAGAGGAUGACAAACUAAAGCAAGUUGUUGAGCUGGUUGGGUCUCAGGACUGGACGCUGGUUUCUCGUUACUUCCCUGACCGCUCUGAUCUCCAGUGUCAGCAUCGCUGGUACAAAGUUCUUAAUCCAGAUCUCAUCAAAGGUGCUUGGACAAAAGAGGAAGACGACCAGGUUGUUGCUCUGGUGAGACAGUUUGGGCCAAAGAAGUGGACUGCUAUCUCUAAAUACCUGGUUGGCCGAACUGGGAAACAGUGCAGGGAAAGGUGGCACAACCAUUUGAACCCGGCCAUUAAGAAGUGUGCUUGGAGUGAAGACGAAGACAGGCUCAUCUUCCACCUGCACAAAACCCUUGGAAAUAGAUGGGCUGAAAUUGCAAAGUUUCUUCCUGGAAGGACGGACAAUGCCAUAAAGAACCAUUGGAAUUCUACUAUGAGAAAACGUUUUGAGAAUGAAACAUCGGAUGAAACAAUAGACAAUACCCCAACCACUGAAAUACCUUUGGAGAACGAAACGGAUAAAGCUAUAGAAAUGUUGAAAAUUAAUCCUUUGAUGGCUGGACGAGAGACACAGUCCUCGGACUCUGGGCUGGAAAGUGGUUUUAAUGAAAUCAAAUCGGCACCAAUGUCUGGAAAUAAAGCCGAUCUUGUGGUCAGUGAUGGUGGGUUAAAAAGUACAAAGAUGCCUGAAGUGACACGGAUGGGAGGGUUCAGCGGCCUAUCCACCUUGGACCUGGUCAGUGGAACGGGUUCCGAGACAGGUGUAACACCGAUCAAGUUUACUGUCCUAGGGGACAAAAAGAAGUACAGAUUUGAUGGUCAUGCCAUUAACCAGCUGAGAAGUCCCGAGCGACUGAUAGAGAUGGGCUCUCCAGUCACAGCCAAGCUGAGUGAGCCCGCUAUACUACGGGGAACUAAGAGGAAGACUAAACAUUCAAGGAGGGAAAAAUCUAAAAGAAGGGUGUCUGUGAAGGUGGCACAGAAACUUAAAUGGCAGAACAUUGUUGACGAGCUGGAUAGAAAACAGCUUGCUGGAAUGGAAAGAAAUGAAAAUAAGGAGAACCAGGAACCAGUAUUGAACCUUUUCCAGCAAUAUCAGUCCAAAACUGGGUCCCAGCAACCUCGAUUGGAGAGAAAACAAUCGUUUGGUUUCCAGUUUAGGGAUUUGACAAAUUGUGGGGACAAUGGUAAAGAAAAACAGUGUCUGGACAUUCAGUAUUUGAGUGAAAAUGUGGAUGGCAAGAAGACAUGCAGUAAAGGUGACAAUAUAGUGAAAAGAAACCAUAGUUUCCUGACAGAUGAUUCCGACAUAGAAGAACUUGUGCUUAACAUUGACAGUGGGCUUGGUGUGUCAAACACAGCAAAGAGCGCUGGAAUAAACAUGUUUAGUGAUGAGGAAAGUGACGCCGGGCAUAAGGCUGGCUCUGUUACUCCAAAAGGGACCCCCAUCAAAAAUCUUCCCUUUUCUCCUUCACAGUUUCUGAACUCACCUGAGGUCCCGUAUGGCAAGAUGACGUCAACUCCUGUGUGCAAUAAAACUCACUCCUCCUCCUCCGGUCAUGGCUCAAUACUUAACACACCCGAUGUGAAAGUCAGGGAUAACAGUUUCAGUGUCACCAAGACCCCUCUAGUGUCGAAGUCGCUGCUUCAGGCCACACCAAGAACACCAACACCGUUCAAGAACGCCCUUGAACAGAUGAAACGGUCACACUCCAACAAACACAGUAGCCCAGUGCAGUUGGAUGAUGUUGAGGCAAUGAUAAGGGAAGAUACCGGAUACGAAGCAGACAUGUCCAAUGCAGAGACUGCAGAGGUUACCGUCUCCAAGGCAAACAAGCGGCAUGGUGUGCCGUCCAAGAGAGCUCGACAGAGCUUGAACCAGAAAUGGCCGAGACCUUCAAUACAGACAGUCUACCCUAGUCAGGAUACUAUGCUUCUUUCCCCAGAAACACCGAGCAAGUCGCUGAUUGGCGACACAAGUAUUGUGUUUUCUCCACCAUCAAUUAUCAAGGAAACACUGCCGGACAGUGAGUUUGACCAGACUUGUGGUUCAAACACAAGAAAAACACAAAACAUUCCAAAGCCUUCCAAGAAAUCCAUUAAGAAAAUACAGUUUUCUGAUGAUGAGGAUAUGCCAAAGAAACCUAGACCUAAGCUCAAUGUUCAUUAUGAGAAAGUUGCUUGCGGUAUGACGUCAGAUCAACAGCAUAUGACCGAACUGGCAAGGAAUAUUGCUCGUGUCCUCAAGCCUCGGUCUCUACAGUUAUAGAUGGUAAAGUGGCGUUGACCAUGUUAUGGUCCAACAUGGGAAGAUCUUCCUAUAACUUUAGAAGAUAAACAUGGUGGAUACAUUUCUACAAUGGAAUUGCAAUCACCUGUGUGUAUUUGUGUAAUGUACUAGAUGAUUUUUGUGCUCAAUAGAAAGGAUUUGGCAUAUUGUGUUCAAAAACUCAUAAAUUACGCGAUUUCCACUUUGUACACAUUUCUUGGAUGCUUGAUGAAGGAUUCACAUUUAGCGUUUGAUUGAGGGAUUGAGAAUUUGCACUUUUGUAGUACACUUAGUGGUUGACCAUUUAGCGCACUCAUUUUGGGAUUGAGAAUGUGCACUUCUGUAGAACACAAAGUGAUUGACCAAGCGAGAAUGUUAUUGUGCACUUUUUAUUGAACUAAGUGAAGGUUUAGUUAUUGUACACACUAAAUGAGGAUGCAACAUUAAGCAUAGAACAGGUGAUCAGUGUAUUUGAAUGUUAAAUGUGACACUAGUUAAAACAUGAUGUUGUGAUGUGUUAUGGUAAUAUUUACCAAAUAUUCAACUGGUGUGUGAUAUGUGCUAUGAUUUGAGUUAUUAAGAUUAAUCUGAUGUAAAUUUUUAUUAACACUGCUUAGUUUGUAGUUCAAUGCUGCAAUUUCCAUAUCAUUACCCAGAAGUGUUAUAUCAUUUGCCUUGUUCAAAUAAUUUAUUUGCAGGGCUGUGCAUAUUGGGUAUAAGGCCAGGGCCCUGAGGAAGGGGAAUGAAGUGGGAGGGCCAUUUUUGCAAGUUGACAAUGCAAAAAACAUUUUAAUGCAAAUUGAUGUAAUAUACAUGUAUCUAAAAAACAAACAAAAUGUAGUAAAAAUAAAUCAGACCUCUCUAGCCCAGCUCUAUAAAAUCUCGAAUUUUAGCAGUGUAUGGCUUACGGGCUUGUGCGAACAUUGACCACUGUGGUAUUGUACUAGAUGCAAGAACAUUCAGAUUUCUUUUUUCAUAAAAGUAAUUCUAAGCAAAUAAUUUUGAUUGGGGUGGUUUGUUUCAAUUUUUUAUUAUUAUUAUUAUUUUCUUUGUCCACUCGGCACUGUGUACAAGAUUGUAAAUGUUAAUUCCAAGGUUCUACACCUUCAAAAAAGUAUUAAUUUAUUGUAUUCAUACUAAUAAUCUAAUACAUUGUGGUUUCACAAUGAUUAUGUAGUGUUUCACUUAUUUUUGUGUUCUGUAAAAAUUUAUACUUAAAUAUUUAUUUUUUGUCCAAUGUCUAAAUUUUUAUCACAAUGUUAUUGCCUUGGUAUAAUAGCCAUGUCUGAUGUUCCAUUUUAAGGGGAAAAAUAUAGGAUCAUUUAUAAAAAAAUCAUUUCAAUUUUAAUGAAUUACUAUGUUUAAGUCAUUUGACUUUAAGGGUAAAAACAAAAAAAGCUGUAUGAUAAGUGUACAGGUAAAAAAAAUAUUAGCCUUUAAAAAUGGGAUUUUUCAAUUAUAAGCUACAUGGCCACAAAUUUCCCCGUUGAAAAAGCGCCAACAUAUAGCUAAUAUUCUUUUUACCUGUACACAAAUCAUAUGGUGUUUUUAGCUCGACUUUUCGAAGAAUAAGGAAGGCUAUACUUAUUACUACUCGCCCCGGUGUCCGUGUCUGGUUUAAGUUUUGGGGCAAGUUGGGAUUUUCACUUAUAAGUCCAAUACCCUUCAUUCAAUUGACUUAAUACUCCACACAAUUGUUCAGGGCCAUCACAUGAUGAGGUUAGAUAACUCCACAUUAUCCUUUAUACAGAUUAUGGCUAUGGAACUUGGGUUAAAGUUUUAGGGCAGGUUGGGAUAUUUAUUAAUAACUUCUAUACCCUUUGUUAUUGUAUUCACUUCUAAGUCAAAGCGGCAUAGUCGAGUGCGCUGUCAUACGACAGCUCGUUUAUCUUUAAUGUCAAAUGAGUAAAACAUGAUUAUGCAUUUAAAUAAAAAAUACAAUAAUUAUGCAUCGACCUGUAUUGUGUCCCUUUAAAAUAACCAUAAAUAUUGUACAAUUAUAAUGUUUCUGUGACUUGUAUGGUAGAAUCAGGGAUGUGAUUUGUCCGCGGACCUAGUGGCCCCAGAGAUCC